GGUACUUUCUUUACCUGCCUUCCGAAACUUUUUUACCUAUCACUUUUAUACUGGGGACAAGUAAAUUCUAUAAUUCGCCACCGGAAAAAAUUUCUGUCAGUGUAUAGCCCAGCCUUAAUAAUAAUAAUAACUUACAAAACUGAUAUCUAAACAACCGAAACACGCAUUGUACAACACUGAGAGAUUCUCAAAUUAACUCAAUAAAAUAACAAUCAUUACUGCUAAAUUACUUAUUGUUUAUUGUGUCCAAGGAAGUGUUUUUAAUUUAAUAUAAAAAAAUUUUUUCCUUGCGUCACUUGAAAAAUUUUGAUUUUUGUUAUUUUCACGUAUUCACUGGAAGUACAAUUGUGAUCAGGAAUUCUACUCUUGCUGUCUUUUUUGAUAUAAACAUUUAAGGAAUACAAUAAUCAAAUUCUUAAUAGCGUAAAACUAAAAUGAAAUUAACCUGCGGAACAUAUAUUGUACAUAGUUUCUGUUUAUCAUUUAUUAUUGCGAAUGAAUUAGACUAUAAUCACUGGAUUCAUUUACGUUUAUAUCAUGCAUUGAAUAAUCAUGCUACACCCUAUUUCAUUGAAAGAGGAAACAUUACGAUCACUCAUGUUCGUAGUGGACAGUCAGUAAUUAAUCAAAGAGGAUUACAAUUAUCACAACUAUCUGAUUUAAAAACAAUUGCUGAUAAUAAUGAAAAAUAUCGACUAAAAAUAACUGCUCAUUCUUCGUUAGGCACUGAAACUACAUUUCUAACAUCCGUUCCAGCAUGCCAUUUAUUUGGAACUUCACUUGAAGAUAUUUUGAUACUUUGGCUCGAUAUGGCGGGAGAAAUAAUUUCUAUUACCCAAGUUUCACCAGGACCUUGCAUAAAAAGUUCACCUUCUUCUACUAUGUGGACGACUAGCGUACAAGUAAGAUUUCCGGAUAGUGGACUUAUGCCCGAUACUACCUCAUACAUGUACAAGCUGGAAAAAGAAAAAGAAGCAAGAGAACGUGGUGAAACAAAGGAUAGUCGUUCAUUCCUUGCUAAAUAUUGGAUGUACAUUGUACCAGCAUUAAUUUUUGUUGUACUCACAUCAGCUGCUAAUCCUGAUGGGGCAACAGGCAAUAGUGGAGUUAAUAAUCAACGAUGACCAUUAAAUUUGAACUGACUGCAAUAUUAGGACAUAUAAUAGAGUUAAUUUCAUAAUAACGAUUAUAUUCAUAUUCGUAAAUAAAUCCAAAGAACCAAAAGAUAA